AUGCUAUUGACUAUCGCUUUUUCUCCGCGUUUUCCUGCUUUUUCUCCUCAAAUUCCGCAAUACCGCUUUCGGUGCCAAUGCUGUAGUUUUGUUCCGGGAAAUGGUUUUCAAACGGAACGUGGUUUGGAGUUUGAUACCGGGGGCGCAUUUUACCGGCGAGAGAGUGCUACUGGAAGAGACCUCGGUGUACUUGCUGCUUCGUUACAGAAGAAAGUUAGUGGAAGCUUGCGUGUUCUUGAUGCUCUUUGUGGUUGUGGCAUUCGGUCGUUGCGGUACUUGAAGGAAGCGGAAGCGGAUUUUGUUGCUGCUAAUGAUGGAAAUGAGUGCUAUGGGAGUACCAUUGUGGAGAAUUUGUCUAGGGUUUCUGUGAAAGAGGAGAAAAGAUGGGUGGUUACUCAUUUAGAAGCUAAUAGAGUUAUGACUGAUUAUUAUCUUCAGAAGAGUUUGUUUGAUUUUAUUGAUAUUGAUUCUUUUGGAAGUGAUUCUUCUUUUUUGAGGUCUGCUAUCAAUAGUUUGAAAUUUGGUGGUUUGCUUUAUGUCACUUCAACUGAUGGCUUCUCUUCUGGCGGCCACCGUCCGCAUCAUUCUUUAGCUGCUUAUGGAGCAUAUGUGCGUCCUAUGCCGUAUUCGAAUGAGAUUGGUUUGCGAAUGCUUAUAGGCGGGUUGGUCCGGGAGGCUGCUGUGUUGGGGUACCAUGUAACUCCGUUGUUUUCGUACUAUGCUUAUCAUGGACCUGUUUUCCGAGUCUUGAUCAGGUUGAAUCGUGGGAAGGUUCAUGAUAGUAGGCAUUAUGGUUUUAUUGGCCAUUGCCACCAGUGUGGAAAUUCUAAUGAAUUUUCUUGGGACCAGCUUGGUCAGUUCAAUUGCUCCUGCAGUUUGUCAAAGGUUUCAAACUCUCUUAAGGUAUCAGGACCUCUUUGGACAGGGCCUCUUCAUGAUGCGGCGUAUCUUACAGACAUGUUAGAUCUUGCCAAGGAGUGGGGAUGGGUUGGCUGUGAUGGUAAAGACAGUCUUGAAAAGCUUAUAAAAUUGAUGGUGGAUGAAAGUGACCCCAGGUUGCCAUCUGGAUAUAUAAAGUUGGAUGAGAUGGCAAGCCGUGCAAAAAUCAAUACUCCACCUUUGAGGACCUUGAUGAGCGCCGUGCACGAGAAAGGUUAUGCAGCCAGCAGGUCUCACAUAAUCAAUAAUGCAAUUAAAACAAAUUGCCCCAUGACAGAAUUCAUUAGUAUAGCCAAAGAACUACUGCCGGUAUCUGUCUCUUAA